AUGAGAGAAGCCAUAAUGGCAACAUUACACCAUCCGUGUUCCACAAAUGAAAAUCCAAAUCAUGACAAUUGUCCAAUCGGAGGUCAAGAAAAAUUGUUCGACCAUCCACCUCCACUUCACCCAGAUGUCGCUAAACACAUACGACCUAUUUACGAAGAACUUUCGAAGGAAGAUCUGCUAAUUCGAUUCUUAGGUGGCCAUACCCAGAAUUCGAACGAAAGUUUCAAUUCUACAGUCUGGCGCCUAGCAUCGAAACAUUUAAAUUCAGGCCUAAAAAUGAUCGAAAUUGCCGCUUUCGUCGCCGCCAGCAUUUUUAAUGAAGUGUACUCGUCCAUCCUUCGAAUAAUGAACGCACUACGAAUAAAUGUAGGACAACAAAGCAAAUUUUUUGCCGAUACGCACGACGCGCAACGAAUCUCGAGGCAGGAGCGCCGCAGAUCAAGCAGCACGAAGGAGGCUCGAACAGCUUGCAGACUGGUUCAAAUGCAACGAAACGAAUUUCAUGAGGAAGCGGAAGGCUUGCUGUAUGGGCCUGGUAUAGCAGACUAA